AUGGAAAGGUUUCUGCUCAUCUUUGCUGCUUCAGCUCUGAGUGCAGUUUCCUCUCGGCCUGCACGCCAGUACCACGUCAUUCUUGACCCAAUGAACUGGAUUGAAGCCCAGCGUUACUGCCGAGAGAAAUUCACUGACCUAGCAUCUGUGGACAACACGGAUGAUGUGAACAUCCUGAUGAACAUGGGACUUCCAACUACCCUGGUAAAGUUUAAGAGCUCCUCAAAACUUUUCCAGGAACCGGGACGCAGAGCACUCCAGUAUCCUAACUCUGUACCUGUUUGCGUCCGGUACCGCAUCCGUUACUGGGUUAAGACACCUUGGAUUGGUUUGUAUUACGAUGGCGGCACGUGGCAGUGGUCGAUGACAGACAAAGAUUUCUUUAAACCUGAUGGGGCUAACUACAGAAACUGGACUCCUGGUGAACCCAGCAGUGACUGGAACAACGUGCAGUGUGUGUACAUGACAGCCAAUGGACAGUGGAACGAUGCUUCUUGUGAAGGGGCAAAAAAACCAAUGUGCUCUGAUGUGAGAGGGUCAAAUGUGACAUUCGUCCACAUUGACACCUUCAUGACAUGGCCUGAGGCCCAGAAGUACUGCAGAGAGCAUUACACGGACCUGGCCAGUGUCAGAAGUUCUGCAGAAAACCAGAAGAUCAUGGAUCUUAAACCUGCCGAAGAAGAUGUCUGGAUCGGUCUUUCUAAAACUAGCUGGACGUGGUCGAAUGGGAGUACGACCACAUUUUACUACUGGAAUGAUGGUGAACCAAAUGACCAAACAGCCGUUUGUGCCAUGAUGUUAUCUCGAAAACUUGGAAAAUGGGUGGAUGCCACAUGUGAACAACAGAGGCCAUUCAUUUGCCAUGAGGGGAGCAGCGCAACAUUUGUCCACAUCAACAUUUCCAUGACAUGGACUGAGGCUCAGAGCUAUUGCAGAGGACAUCACACAGACCUGGCCAGUGUGAGGAACAUGGAGGAGAACCAGAAGAUCAUGGGAAUAAAACCUCCUGGAGGACAAGUCUGGCUCGGCCUGCGCACCGGCACCUGGGCGUGGUCAAGUGCGAGCACUGCUGUGUAUAGAAACUGGGCAGAGAGAGAACCUAAUGACAGUGGAGAUUGUGUGGUGGCAAACUUUGAUGAUACUGGAAAAUGGGAGGACUGGAACUGUAAUGAUAGCAAAGCAUUCAUUUGCUACCAUGAUGUGGUCAUUAGUCGUCUGCCCAAGCUGGUGGUGAAACUGAGUGUGCAGAAGAGCGUCUCUCUGGAUCUAGAUGACCUGGUGGUUCUGAAUUCCAUGCUGCAGCAGCUCACACAGAAGCUGAUGGAGCGCCCGGCGAACGGAAAGGUCAAGCUGAGCUGGAGGACGCGGUCAGAUGGAAAGAUCUUCCACAAGCGUACAUAGUAUGAAACAGGAGAAAGGCUUUUCUCCUAAAACAAGUGACCGUAGACGGUCUAAGAAGUGUGUUCCAUGGCUUUAAAAUACUUAAUGUUGUCAUUUUAGAUUAAGUGUAGCUUUAGCAGCUCAUAAACAACAAACCCUUUAACACCUGAGGCGUCGUCGGUGAUGCCGAGUUUUGACCCAACAGAACCUUAUGAUUCCUUGGAGGACAUGUGUCAAAGUCAAGGCAGCC